UUACGGUCUUACAGCUAGUAAUAGGUGGAUUUUUAUUUACUACAAAAACUUAUUUAAAUCGAAAAUAUGGCUUUCCGCAUACCUUUUGGCAAAAAACACGCUGAAAUCGCAUCAUCCUUUGUAAGGUCCGGCGCAGGCUUCGGUGGUGCUGCUGGCUUGGCCCUGCUCUAUUACACCGACUGGAAGCUGGUACUGCAGUACAUGCCCAUCUACGGUUCCAAGUUUGACAAGAGCGAUUAAGCUAGACGUAGACGAUGUUUAAACUCUUGUUGAAAUAUGUUUAAAUAAUGGUGAAUAAAAUAAGUCCAAUCAGAUG